AUGGCUCUAGUCGACUACUCUACCUCUACCUCCGAAGAGAGCGACGGGCCACCGAAGAAACGGCGGCGGGCCCGAGAUGGCCAGGACGAUGCGCUCCCGAGCGCCACAAAGGGGACAACACACCCACCUCCAGCUAUGCCAGCCUUGCCGGCAACCUUUCAUGACUUGUACGCGUCCAAUGUGCGGCACAGCGUGACGGACGACCCAAGUCUACACCAGGGCCGCAAGAGGCUGACACCACACGUUCCCGGGAACUGGCCCUCGCACGUAUACGUCGAGUGGGUUCCUACACCUUCACAGCAUGAUGUCCUGCAUAGCCUACUACUGGAUGUGGAAAAGGAGCUCAAUGGCGAGGUGCAGUUGCACAAAUUCAUAACAAGCGAGCUGGGCGCACCUUUGCCGCUGCACAUCUCGCUGUCGCGGCCUGUCUCUCUGCAGACCAGUGACAAGGACGCCUUUUUAACGAGGAUCACGGACUCGCUGUCCGAACGCGGCGUCAACCCUUUCAACGUCGUGCCCCGAGGUUUGGCCUGGUACAAGUCUCCGGACUCGGACAGGACAUUUCUCAUCUUGCGGGUCUCCUCACACAACGCCUCAACCAACGAUAUGGCAGCGCCCAACCCAGAGCUCAUGGCUCUGCUCAAAGUGUGCAACUCUGUCGUCUCCAUGUUCAAGCAGCCAUUGCUCUACCAGGCCAGCGAGGACGAGGCGGUCGGUACAGCCUUCCACGUCAGCGUGGCCUGGUGCUUUGGUCUGCCGAUGGAGGAGACGAGUUUGCGGUCUCUCAAAGUGCUCAAGACGAAGAAGUAUGCCGAGGUGAGGACAUGGGAUAUCGACGUGUCGAGUGUCAAGGUGAAAGUGGGGAACGUGGUCAAGCAUGUCGGGCUGUCCGGGGGAAGACGGAAAGCUGCGGAGCCAGGAUUCGACCGAUGA